CACACAAAGGGUCAAAGUUCAAGUCAAAGAAACAAUCAGUUCCAGUACAAGUAACCUAGAAGAUGUGAAAACACAGAAAAACAACCAAUCACGUCCAAGGUCACCAGGAGGGAUGAUUAAUAAACUCGUGGAGAAAUCUAGAGACUCACUUGAAAUUGAAGUGGUAUGCGCUGAAGAUGUCACCUAAUAGGGUGAUGAAAGCUUCGCAAACUAACCAUCCAGCUCAGAGAACAAAACCACAUCAAAAAGGUCCCAUUACAAUUCUUUAUGGUUAAUUCUGUUGGAUGAACAAAUCAUAAGGCUUCAAGCAGUUCUUAUACUACUCUUCUCCGUCAACUUAGUGAUGAGUAAAAAGAUUCUGGUGAGAGUCUCGCAUGCGACGAUCGAUGCAAAAGAGCGCUUGGUGCCAGAGAAAUUUGUUAUACAACAUGUCGAAACUUACUGUCUCUAUGCCUUAACCAACCAUGUGCAAGCUUUGCAGAAAAUUACUAUAGAAGAUACCAUUAAUGAAGUGUACAUUUAUUUUUUUAUAACUACAUUUUUAACCAUACUUGUAAAUUUUAAAGGUGUUUAG